AUGGCAACGCAAUUCGUUGCCUUUCACGGCCCACAGACCUGCACUACAACCCAGGCAGCGUUGACACCCUGGCAGGGUUCCUGCCCGUGGACCUUCUGGGGACCGAAUACCUUGGCAGGGUGUCACAGCGUCCGUACAGGGUCUAAUUGCCCGCAAGGUCCGCACAGGAGCCACGUCUUCCUCGGCUACCUUCGAGACUUCCGCGAACAGCUCGAUGUGCGCGGCUUGCAGCGCAAAGUUUCCCUCGUCCUCGACGGCCACGCCUCGCACACGACAUUCGACGCCGUUAGCUUGGCCAUCUCCCUGGACAUCGACCUCUUCCAGCUCCCAUCCCACACAUCGCACAUCACCCAGCCCUUGGACGUCGGUACGUUCGGAACCUUCAAGGAGCUCACCAGGGUGCUCAUGGCCUACCCACUGAAAAACGGGGGGAGGGGUAGUCCGGUGAAGCGCGACAUGGCUCGCGUGAUUGCGGAGGGAUGGAGAGGGAGCUCCACGCCUACGAACAACAUGGCGGCAUUCAAAGGGGCGGGCUUGAGACCGGUGAACAUGGAGAAGGCCAUCAACCGGCUACACAGCAAGAGGAAGCAACGGGACAAUGACCAUCCUCUCCCUGAAGACCUCGCCGUCAUUGCCUCCAAGGAGCAGCUCGAACAAGACCUCGGCCGCGCUGCCCUUCUGGAGCUGAAAAGACAGGGAUUGAUGAUCGAGGGACUCCGUGUCAACACCGUGUUCCUCGGCGUGCUCACCCGCAUCAGCAAGCGCUCCAAGAUUUUCGCGACCGCUCGGGCGGGCGGGGGCAAACCCGAGGGCGGUCUCCUAGGCAAGGGCAGCGGGGGAGGCCAAUCGACCAAGCGGAGCAGGUCGUGGGCAAGGCGGCGGGCAGGGCGGAGGGCGGGGCGGUGGGAGAGGAGGCGGGCGGGGCGGCGGGGGAGCCGGAGGGCGAGCCGUAGGAAGGAGUGGGGGGCGAGGCGAGGGAAGGUGUGGAGGGCGAGGAGAGAUGAGCGCAGGGGGUGGGCAAAGCGGAAGGGCGAGACGGGCGUGGACAGGGACAGGGUGGCCGGGGCCGCACCGCUGGUGCUCGCGGAGAGGGAAGGGGGGCGGGUGGGUGGGUGGGGGCCGGUGCUCUCGUCCAAGGAGGAGCGGGACGGCCGAGAGGGGCGGUGAUUCCCUUGGUUCAGCCGCGGCCGCCGGCGGCCCCCGUUUCUUCUCGAGGACGGCAACGAACCCCGACACCAAUCGUUGAUGUUUAGACUAGAUGCUCUACGGUUGUCGUUUUUCUCAGGACUAGUCUACCCGGUGGAUGGAUUAUUCGAGUCAGACGUUCAGCAAACGCUAUUUGAGCGUCUAGGUGCCGAUAUGCAUCCCAGGAAUUGCAU